AUGAGUAUCAGUGAUCAUCUCGAUGGAAAGCUUGCACUGAAUAAGUAUAGAUUUUAUUCCGUGGACGGAAUUCAGUGGCUACAGUACCGUGUCAAGUGUGCGGUGAUCGAUCCUAUGGUCGACACUACGGUCAGUGGACUUGCGACGGUUGCAGCUGCUUCUUCAAACGGAGCAUUCGAAAAAGUAUCUUCUACACCUGCAUCUGUCAGUCUUCCUUAUCAGUCAUUCUCUACUGGACAGAAUGAUUGUGUGAUUGAUAAGGCCCGUCGAAACUGGUGUCCGUCCUGUCGCUUGGCCAAAUGUUUCCGACUAAAUAUGAACUCUAAAGGUGACAUCAUUUGA